AUGCGAAAGGACUACUAUGAUAUAUUAGGAGUCAAAAAAGAAGCCGAUGAGAUUAAGAAAGCAUAUCGCCGUAUGGCUCCAUUGAAGUGGCAGUCUGACAAGAACCUUGCUAAUAAAGAAGCCGUUGCAGAGGAGUUCAAAGAGGAUGCUCCUCAUGGUUUCCAUUAUACCUUCUCACAUGGUCCCAAUGAUAUGUUUGCCCAGUUUUUUAAGGAUAGUGUAUAA